CCCCGGCUGCGGAGGCCCCAGUCGCCGCCCGCCUUCCCCUCCCUUCCCGGUCUUCCCUCCCCUCCCCUGCCCCGCUCUUCUCUUCCCGUCUGAGGUGGCGGCCGGCGUCCCUCCUCUCCAGCUCCGUUUCGCCUCUAGCCCUGGCUUCCCGUUUUUGUCGGGCCCUGAGACCGGUCUGAGCGCUCCCCCUGUCGCUUCAGGGUGGUCGAGUAGCCCCGGGCCUCUCGAGUCCCUGCGCUUUCUCCCUUCCUGGGCUUCGGUGCUCGUCCUCCCCCGCCAUGAAUGAGGAGUACGACGUGAUCGUGCUGGGCACCGGCCUGACGGAAUGCAUCCUGUCAGGUAUAAUGUCAGUGAACGGAAAGAAAGUUCUUCACAUGGAUAGAAACCCGUAUUAUGGAGGAGAAAGUGCAUCUAUAACACCUCUGGAAGAUUUAUACAAGAGAUUUAAAAUACCAGGAGCACCACCAGCGUCAAUGGGGAGAGGAAGAGACUGGAAUGUUGACUUAAUUCCUAAGUUCCUUAUGGCCAAUGGUCAGCUGGUGAAGAUGCUGCUUUAUACAGAGGUCACCCGCUAUCUGGAUUUCAAAGUGACUGAAGGGAGCUUUGUCUAUAAGGGAGGAAAAAUCUACAAGGUUCCUUCCACCGAAGCAGAAGCCCUGGCAUCUAGCUUAAUGGGACUGUUUGAAAAACGUCGCUUCAGAAAAUUCCUAGUGUAUGUUGCCAACUUUGACGAAAAAGAUCCCAGGACUUUUGAGGGCAUCGAUCCUAUGAAGACUGCGAUGCGAGAUGUGUACAAGAAAUUUGACUUGGGACAAGAUGUCAUAGAUUUUACGGGCCAUGCCCUGGCACUUUACAGAACCGAUGACUAUUUAGAUCAACCAUGCUGUGAAACCAUCAAUAGGAUUAAACUUUACAGCGAGUCUCUGGCAAGAUACGGCAAAAGCCCGUACCUUUACCCUCUCUAUGGCCUUGGAGAACUGCCCCAGGGAUUUGCAAGGCUAAGUGCUAUUUAUGGUGGUACCUACAUGCUCAACAAGCCAAUUGAGGAAAUCAUUGUGCAAAAUGGAAAAGUGAUUGGUGUGAAAUCUGAAGGAGAGGUUGCUCGCUGUAAGCAGCUCAUCUGUGAUCCCAGCUACGUCCAAGACCGAGUAGAAAAAGUGGGCCAGGUGCUCAGAGUAAUCUGCAUCCUCAGCCACCCCAUCAAGAACACCAACGAUGCCAACUCCUGCCAGAUCAUCAUUCCCCAGAACCAAGUCAAUCGGAAGUCAGAUAUCUACGUCUGCAUGAUCUCCUCCGCACACAACGUGGCCGCACAAGGCAAGUACAUCGCCAUAGUCAGUACGACUGUGGAGACCAAGGAACCGGAGAAAGAAAUCAGACCGGCUCUGGAGCUUUUGGAACCAAUUGAACAGAAAUUUGUUAGCAUCAGUGACCUCCUUGUACCAAAAGAUUUGGGAACAGAAAGCCAGAUCUUUAUUUCCCGUGCAUACGAUGCUACAACUCACUUUGAGACAACUUGUGACGACAUUAAAGACAUCUAUAAGAGGAUGACCGGAUCCGAGUUUGACUUCGAGGAAAUGAAGCGCAAGAAGAAUGACAUCUACGGGGAAGACUAACGGCAGUGCGAUUAUCAUCUCAUUAGGACAGACUUACCUUUGGCAAAUGACGCGUAUCGUAUGAAAUCAAUAUUGUAAGGCCUGCUUUUGUAAUCAAAACGGAGAUUGCAGAGCACUGUACCAGUAAAUAUUCCUCCCCUUUCUAAUAUCAUGUAUUAACUCGUUUUCCUGGAGUGGCUAUUCAGAAUUGGCGGGUGACCACAUUCUGUUCGGUUUAACCAGUACUGGCUUUUUUUCCCCCUAGUGCAGCAUCAGUUUUAAAAAUCCCUUGUGAUACUGAUACAGAGCACUUGAUACAGGAUUUGUAUCUUUUAAUCAGCGCAGCCUUCGCAGGCGCGCUGCUGCUGCCCGAGAGCCGGAUCGGUGGGUGGCGUGCCGUCUGUCCUCUUGACACGGAGGAGAUUCGAGAUGGAAUGUUCCAUAAUUCGGGACGGCAUCCCUGCGUUCUCCCUACACCUUCACGUCUCCUAUCAAGUAUUACGACAGCGCCCACGGAACACGGCCCCAAGUUGGGGUUCCGUGGGCCUGAAAUUCUAACACAACUCCGGACCGUGAGAGUCAUCUUGGAGGAGGCCUGUGUGCGGUGUUUUAACCUUAUAAGAUUGAGAAGAGCAGAGGGGAAAGACCCCUAUCGUGAAGCAGGUAAACGUAGAAGCUUCUUUUGUAUCCCAGGUGUGGCUUCUUCGACGGACCAAAAGCUGCGACGCAGUAUUGAUUUGACAGAGCCUCCGCUUCAGUGGUGUCUGUCUCAGAAUGGCUCCAGGUGAUUUCUGUACUGCAAAUAAAGCCAAACUCUGGAAACCA